UUUAAAUAUGUAAACAUAAAUUGUUCACGAAAGCAUAGAAGAAUAUAAGCGUUAUAAUAAAGUUUUAGAAGGAAAUAAGAGUUAUGUGAAUAAAAAACUAGCUUAAGAUGAGGAUUACUUUAGAAAGUUAGCUAAGGGUCAAAAUCCAAAAUACUUAUUAAUUGGUUGCUCAGAUUCAAGAGCACCCCCUAAUGAAAUCACAGAGACUGAUCCUGGAGAAAUUUUCAUCCACAGAAAUAUUGCGAAUAUAGUCAUUCCAACAGAUUUAAAUGUAAAUAAAAUACUAAAUUUAGAUCAACUGUGUAAUUUAAUAUGCCAUAGAGCAUCUAAAAGUUCACAACAUCAUUGUAAUGGGACAUACAUGUUGUGGUGGCAUUAAGGCUGCUAUGAAGUAGGAUUCAGUGGGGGGAUUACUAGAUUUAUGGUUAAACUAAAUUAAAUUAGUUUAUGAAAAACAUUAAGAGUUAAUCAAUUCUUUUACUGAGGAAGAUGAUUAAAUAAAUUGUUUAUGCUGUAUGAAUGUUAGGGAAUAAGUAUUAAAUAUUUGGAGAAACCCAAUUGUCUAGAAAUCAUGGCAAGAAGGACAUCGUAUUAUUUUCCAAAUAUAUUUUAGCCGUAAUGGUUCAUGGGUGGCUAUUUAGAGUAGAAACUGGUUUUAUAGAGGAGCUAUCUUUGGAAGAUAGCAUACCAGAAGAAAUGUCAAAAAUUUUUAAAAUAAAAUUCAAACCACCUAAGGUUUAAUCUCCAACCUAACAUGAAGAUGAGGAAGGCAAUGCGAUUUCUCCUAUGAGAGCAAGAAGAAGAUUUUAAAGAAUGUAGAGCAGAAUUGAAACUGGAAUCAGACAUUUUACUAUUCACAUGUAGAAUGUAAAUGAGGAAGAAAUAGAACAUAAAAUAGUUGAAAAUAUUGAGUAAGAUUUAAACGUGUGACUUGCUUAAUCA